GAAGAAUAUACGUACUAUAUUUGUGUAUUUUUAUUUUGUUGAUAUCGAUCGAUUGUAAUGAUCCCGAGUUUCUAACUAUUUGCUUGGUCGGUUCGUCUAGCUUUGCCGGUUUUUGUAUUAUAUUCGUCUGAUAAAUAUACAAUUCUAAUAGACCGCAACGACUACAACACAACAAAGCUACGACGACGUCGGUCGGUCGUUUAGCAAUGGUGCGUUGCAAGGGGGUAACUAUUAUCAUCAUUCGAUCGUCAGUUUUAUCGAAUUUAUGAUAAUUAUCAUUCCGUCAUUCGCACUCUUUACAGACACUACAAGUAACUCUGCUGCUGGCCUCCUACACCUUUUAUUACGAUUGUCAGCAGCUUGAUCAUCCGUCCAUUUCGAACUGAUUUGAUAUUCACAUCGCGCGAAACUUCGCGAUCUCAUUCCGUUUUGAAUCGUUCGCCUUGUAGCACACAUAUUUUUAUGAAUUUUGAUUAAAACUUUUAUUUUUUGCAAAAAAAAAAAAGUUGAUAAGUUUUUUUUUCUACUGUUUCUGUUAAGUUCAAAAGAACCGUCGCGGUCUUCAUAGUCUAAAGGGUUUUUACCAGAAAAGAGUAUCAACAAAAAAUCCACGCAUUUUAAUUUUUGUUUGGUUGACGUAAAAUUUUGACGGUUUUUUGUAUUGGUUUUUUGGUUUUUAUAGUUUAAGAAAGUUUUGGGUCUUUGGGCUUAAGUGAGUUGAGGAGCAUCUUCAUUUUUUCUGUCUGAAUUUUACUAAGUUCCAAGCGAAUAUAUUCAACAAGUGGAUUUAUGAUUUUUUUUUUUCUCGAGAGUAAUGAAUGAUGCUGAUGCUUUUUAGUGAAUCAAAACCAAUUUAAAAGUUCUGCAAAAAUUAUUUAAAAUUAUUAUACAUGCUGCGGGGUGAUUCAAAAAAAUUAUUCCGUGUCCCUUUGUCGUGGUGGUGGUGGUUCCGUCCCGUCCGUUGUCAUUGUUUGACAGGAGCAAUGAAUUAACACAAAACAACCACAAAAAUUACAUCUGUAACUUGGAUCUUAAGCCAAAAUAUGAGUAACCCAACUUAUAGUGCAGUGCCAAUUAUUCGGAUUGAAGCUUUUGAUGAUAGUACAAUUCCUUAUGCCGAUCAAGAUCCCACUGUUGUUGAUGAUGAAGCACCUAUUCGAGGUGAUAUCAUUAUCAAUAUCACAGACACUUCCAAUGAAGUAGAAUCUCCGGUAGAUGCUGAUGAAUCAGCAGCAGCUGUGACGACAUCGAUACAUGCUGACGAUGAAGAUUCAGCUGCUGUUGGACAAAGGCGAAGGAAUUUGAGAAAGAAUUCAAUUUCGAUGCCAACUGGAUUGGAUAUGGAACGUUUGCAACAGUUACAAGAGAGUGGUCUCGGAAGCGCAUGUCAAAGUGCUACUGAUGAGAUUUCUGGUUCUGUUACAUUCAGUGUACCUGAAAAGACUGUUACUACUUUUGCCUUUGAUUCAUUGGAAGAUGGGAGAGCGAGAGGAAAACGACCUUUACAUCGAGACAAUUUUCGAAGUAAACGAAGAGGAUCUAUUGCACCAUUACCCUCCUUGAGACUAAACAACAAAGAAAUGUUGUCCGGUGAAUUUGACACGCAAAGUGUCAUGAGCAAUCAAGCCUCAAUAACAAGCAUAAAUUCCAUUGCUAGUCUGCUGAGAGAAAAAAUGCAGGCUGUUCCACAAAUGAUCCGCAAAAAGAAAAACGAAACAAAAGACUAUAAUCUUAAGAUGUUUGUUGUGUCCUUAUUCUUUAUCAUAGUUUUUCUGAUCGGAUAUGCCUAUAUCAUGUAUCAUCGUAAAGUUCUCACACGUUCCUACUUUUCCAAAGCAAAAUUCAAAGCCACUGAUAGAGUUCUUCGAAUAUUAAACACUGACAAUGAAGAAAUGAUCUCAGCCAAAUUGGGGGUAACCCUUGGAAGUGAAACCAUCCCGUUUCCCUGUCUUGAAGAUAAAAUGCUCAACGAUGGAAGUAUUUGCUUAGAAUGGAAUAAUCUAGCUAGACUCUAUAUGAAAUAUGAAGAUAAAAAUCAAUUCCGUUGCUACUCCGUGCAUUGGCAAGCUUUGGGAAAUGGAGUUUAUCCCACCGAUUGUUACGAAUUGGCGCCCGAUAAUGGACUAUGGUUUGGCGGUGGACCAAUGAGAAAUGUCGACUGGACUUUGACAAGAACAAAUUUCCCAUUUGCACCAUUUAUAACUGGCGACAUGAAAGUUCAUCAAUUUGGAAACACUUUGAAGCGUUAUUUUAUCAAUUCUCUCGGAAUAAGUCUCCAAAUUAACGACUCAAAUCCACUCUACAUCUCAGCUAAUCAAUCACAAAAUACAUUUUGUCUUCGAGCUAUGAACGACGACUACGCCUAUGUCAACCAUCUGACUCAAUAUCCAGAGUUACAAUAUAAAGUUUGUGUCGCCGAUGACAUGCGAAGUCUCCACAUGCUCCGAACGCAACAAAGUCUUUGGGAGAGUCUCAAAGAACAAGACAUAAAAACUCUCCAUUCAAUUAUAGAAGAACCAAUUUAUAAGAUUCCCUUCGAUAAUGAAACGUCUUCGAUAAACGAGACCAGCAUUUACAAUUACUCCGAAGAAGUUAUUGCAACGGGUUUUAUGAAACUUGGUCACAUUUUAGUGAAUGAAUUUUGGCAGGAGAAUGUUGGAGACUUUACUGUAGACAAAAUUCGUUUCCCUACUUUGAAAGACACGAUAGAAGUUCUUCAUCGAAGAGGCUUUAAGAUUGUUUUAACAGUUCAGCCUUUUAUCAGUACUGACAGUCCGACUUUUAAAGAGGCUGUCCAUAAAAAACUUCUCAUCUACGAACGUCAUUCGGAGAGAAGUAUACCAGCUCUAACGAGAUAUAAGAGUUCGUCAAGUGCUGGAGUAGUGGAUAUAACCAAUAACGCAUCGAUACCUUGGCUAUUAGAAAAACUGCAGGCAGUUGUCAAAGAAUACCAAGUCGAUAGUUUCUUUUUAGAUUUAGGAACUGGUUAUAAUCUACCCCACUAUUAUCAAUGCAGAGAGACUCUUCGAAACCCUGAUAUGUAUGCGAAAUUAUUUACAUCAAGUUUCGAGGGAAUUGGUUUUAUGGGAGUUUCAACGGCAACAGUUGUGCCAAAACCACCAGCAUUUCUAAGCGCACCACCAGUGAAUUCUUCAUGGGCAGGACUCAAAGAAAUCCUUUCGACAGUCCUAAGUUAUGGUGUGAUUGGUUAUCCCUUCAUUAUGCCUGGUGCAAUUGGAGGUGAUUAUUUACUAAAUAAAUCGCUGUCAAAAAUGACAUCAUUCUAUUCAUUACGACAAGCUGAUUUACCUAAUCAGGAGCUAUUUUUAAGAUGGCUUCAACUUAUUACAUUCCUACCUUCAAUGCAAUUUAGUCAUUUGCCGUCCGAAUAUAAAAGUGAUUAUGUUACGGAUGUUGCUAAGGAAUUAACAAAUGUUCGGCAUAAGACUGUCAUUCCAUUGCUGAAGAAGUGUCUAUCGGAUUCGCUGAAUGAGGGCUUACCAUUGGUGAGACCGUUGUGGAUGUUGGAUCCAAAUGAUCCAGCAUGUUUGAGUGUUGAUGAUGAAUUCUCAAUUGGUGAGGAAUUAAUUGUGGCACCUGUGCUGGAAGAAGGUGUUUAUGUUAGAGAAGUUUACCUACCUCAAGGUGUUUGGAAAGAUGGUAUCGAUGGCUCUCUCCGAAAGGGCAGCCGUUGGAUACACAAUUAUAAUGUGCCAAAAGAAAAAAUUGCAUAUUUUGUUAAAUUACCUGACAAUACCAGAUUUUAGGUUGUGAAUAUAACAAAAAAAAAAAUAUUUAAAGACAAAAACUAAUUAAAGAGAAAACUAUUUUUAGUCAUAAUUCUAAUACAAUAAAUCCAAUUUUAAAAUUAAGUUUAUUAUAAUAAUUGU